AUGGAUGCCAUUCGCAGCCAAUCAGUGGGGGGUAAGAAAUCCAAAGUGCUGGUCCAGAAGGCAGCAUCAGCGGUGUCUCUAGACCGCCGGCCGGCAAAGUUAUACUUUGCUUAUGGGAGCAACUUGCACGUCAAGCAAAUGAACCGUCGAUGUCCAAACAGCAAGUUCAUCGGAAAGGCCCGUUUAUCCAACUAUCGAUGGCAGAUCAACGAGCGCGGAUAUGCCAAUGUCGUCGUCGCAGAUGGACACUGGGUAGAUGGUCUCGUAUAUGAGAUUGACGAUGUCGACGAAGCCAAGCUGGACAUAAAUGAAGGCGUUGCGAAAAAUGCAUACAACAAGCGAUACAUGACCGUCCUACUCCAUCGAGCACAGAGUGCCCUGUACCGCCGCCCCGUAUCGUGGAUAGUGGAAAAAGGCGGGCCCGCGGCCGUAGCCAGAGAAGCCAGGCUUAUAGCUCAGGGGCGGCGAGAAAACUCUUUACUGCACUGGCAGGACGAUGUUCUCAUAUACGUCAAUCCAAACUGCACUCAUGAUAGCAGUCCUAGGGAAGAGUAUAUCAAUCGAAUCAAUCUAGGCGUUGCGGAUGCUAGGGUCCUAGGCGUUGACGAGGAUUAUAUUCGGAACUGUAUCCGCCCCUUUAUCCCGGAAACCAGAGGCAGAGCCCCUUCGAGUCCAGCACUGGGAGCCCCCAAGCUCAAGGCCCUAUCGGUUGUCCGGGGCAGGAAUGAAAAUUCUCCUGCGCGGUCUGACGGCCGCUCCCCGGCGCGCAAAGAACGAUCGGUGAGCCGAUCGAAGCAGCAUUUUGAGCGACGAUCUCGAUCCCUGCAGCCUCCUAACAAAGAAAACGACCAUAAGAAAGACCCAACGGCGAGGUCAAAGGUGCCACCCUUGCCUCCGCGGCCACAGUCAAGCCAGCGCCGUGACGUUCCCAUCGUUUCAGUACAGGAGGUACACCUUUCGAGCUGGGGCUGGUGGCCAGCAUUUUCAUGA